CUUCCUCCAUUAAGAAUGAGUGCAUUGCAGAUUCUCACGGAGCAGAUGAUUUUCAUAAACUUCCUCUGAGCCUCCAAUAAUAAUAUGGACAGACUUAAAUGGAAACAUUUAUAUCCAAUCCCACUCAAAAUAUGGCACAGAAGAUGUCAUAGAUUUUCUUGAAAGUACAACUCUUUCCAAAUUCGACAAGAGAAAUAAAAAUGGGAAAGUUGCAAUCGAAACAUGCAUCUAAACGGAGAGAAAAUCCAGAAGGAGGUGCUUUCAACGAGGCAGACUGUGUUGGCGAAGUAGACAGAAACGCAGACAAGCAGAAUCGAUGUGGUAGAGAUCCAAAAGAAGAUCAUUACUGUUCACUUGAGGUAACACUGCCACCAGACAGAGUAACAGAGAGUCCCAAACCUCUCCUUUCUUCUCCUGAAAACGAAAGACAGCAACCACUCAAAGGUGCACCGAGGAGAAAUGGAAAAAGAGAUGAUGUGGAGUGUAAUGUGUCUACGGAAGAAAAUCUUCAUGAUUGGAUGAUCACAUUGUGCGAUUUUGACAGCAACGGCAAAGUGACCAAAGAGAAUAUGUUGAGCUUGAUGCAUGCAAUCUAUGAGGUGGUGGAGGCUUCAGUUAAACAGAUGGUUCUUAGCAAUGGCACAACUCUGCGUGUGAAGCUGAGUGUCACCCCAUUAACCAAAGGCAACAGAAAAGAUCGGGACAUUGGUAUAUCUCAUAAAGAGCGAGAUCAAAGGGAGGGAACAAUACAGUGUGCAGAAAGCCAUCAUAUUCAAAUUAGAGGCCAGAGGUCAGGUCAGUUGGGUGAUCCAGACAGAAAGCACUAUUCUGUUGAUGAAAACACAGAACGUAGGAACCACUAUCUAGAUCUGGCUGGGAUUGAGAACUACACCUCCCGAUUUGAAGCUGAACCAUCUGCUGAGAAACAGAAGCAGGACAGCCCAUCCUGUGGCCAUCACUGUCACUCUCAGACUGAGACCUCUAGCCCUGUGGAGUCCUCUGGUAGGUCCAUUCCUUUCCUCAGGUCACUCCACAACCGCAGCAAGUCUGUCGGUGGCAGUGGAGCCGCAACCAAACCCAGUAAACUCCAUGUGCAUCACCCUGUGACCUGGUGCCAACCAUCCCAGCAGCAAAUGCAGCCUCCUCUGCUGUAUAGCUCCAGCAAACGCAUCCGUGCCAGGGCCCGUGAGACCACACCACCUUCCAGAGGCAACCAGGGCCUGGACAGAGAGUUGCAGCCUGGGCCAUCUGUCCCUGCUGGGGGCUUUAUGCCCAUUCCUCAAAGGCAUGAGCACCAUCAUCACCAUGAGCAUCAUCAUCACCAUCAUCAUCACCAUUACCACCCAGCAUAAGAGUUCUGAAGUUCAGGUCAUGGGAGUUUCAGUGAGUGGCACCAAAAUGAGUGACAAAGUAGCAAACUCUGAUACCUUUUUGAAGGUAGCAUUAAUUUUGUUCUCUACAUACAAAGAGGAACUGUGGUUCAUCUGUCACACAGUUAGAACAUUUCCACAAGAAAAGGGGCUGGACCACAUAUAUUUAAUAAUAAUAAUAAUAAUAAUAAUAAUAAUAAUAUAUAUAUAUAUAUAUAUA